UGCUAUCCUUCGCCGCCCGUUUCGCCCGCAUUCAUUUCCUGCUGCAGCACCUAUUUCGCCCGCUUGUCGAUCUGUCACCGAACAAAACCAAAACAAAACAUCGCACUGUAAACAAGGCGAGUGUAGGGAACGCACGGAACAAAAUCCCUUUUUUUUCGCCUAUUCGAUCCACAUGGUAUGGCCGUUAAUAUGUACGGUCCGAUGCAAAACCACCCACCGCCCAAUCCGAACCCGAUCGAUCUGAUGGCCAUCAAGGACAUCUAUCCGGGUAUGAAAAACAUCAACGUGAUUUUCAUCAUACUCGAGAUUGGGCCGGUAACGCUGACGAAGGAAAACCGUGAAGUACGCACGUUUAAGGUGGCCGACCAGAGUGCCGCUAUCAACGUGUCGAUUUGGGACGAACCGGGCAAACAACUGUUGCCGGGCGAUAUUGUGCGUCUGACCAAAGGGUACGCAAACGUUUGGCGCCAAUCGCUAACGCUGUACUCGGGGAAAAAUGGAGAGAUUGUGCGGUUAGGCGAUUUCUGCUACACCUUCAACGAGAUGGUUAACAUGAGCGAACCGAACCCCAACCUGAGCGCAUCCAUACCCCAGCCUGUCCUCAACAAUGGUUCGGGGGGCGGUGGCGGCGGUGGCCCCAACGGUGGUAAUAGCAACAAUGGCACAGGCAAAACGAUGGGCGGUGCUCCCAAAUCGGUACCCAACAGCAAUCCGCUACUUUCCGCUGGUGGUCCACAGCAACCGAAACCGCAUGCCGCCACGACACGCUACUCGGUAGCGGCGGCAGCAGCAGCAGCAGCCGCCUCACCGCCCAACAUCAUGAAACCGACGCAGAAAAACUCUCCCCGAACCGGCCGAAACAGCCAAGCCAAAAGCACCGCAGUGAAAGGUGACCGUAGAUAACAGUUAGCGGAAACGCUUGGUGCAUCACCAUCAUCACCGACAACCGUCAGCGAUAGUUUUAUUUUACCGUCUAGCAAUGUAAUGUAAAUUGGACACAGGACUUUAAAGCGCCAACUGCUAUGGAAUCCCUCUAUCCCCAUUUGUUUUGGGUCGCCCUAUUUUAUCGAUAUUUCAUUGUACAAUCAAACAGCAGAACAUUCCUGUGUGCAUGUGGGAAAAUGCUUACGAACCGGGAUAGCACAGUUUUCUUUCGGUGUCUUGUAGUAAAAAAAACAAAACAAAAAUAAAUCGAAAUUAGUAUCUCCUCUCAGUUCGGGAAA